GAAACAUGUACAGUAAAGCAAAACAAAUUCUCCCAUAAUCUCGUCUGUCUUUUACCCAAUAUGCUUCAAUAUGCACCAAGUCUAUGUCAGUCUUCAAGGAUUGUGGCUGGCCAUUGUGAUCAAAAUUCUUAAGUUCUCUAUUUUGUAAGGACCUGUUUGUAGAACGUGUCUCCCCUUAGAAUGGAAGCUGCCUGGGGGCUGGGAUCUUAGAACUUGAAAAACAAGCACCUUAUUUGAUCCUCACCCCAUCCCUGACGGGGGAUGGGGGGUGCUGCUUCUAUGACCCCCAUUUUAGAGAAUGAAGAAACUGAGGCAAGGUCAGUGAGUUGCCCAGGGCCACACAACUAGGGUUCGAUUUGAACUCGGGUCUUCCUAGAACUAUCUGCGGCUGUGAUCAUUAACUAGUCUCCUGGGGACCCUUUAGUGACUCCACUCCAUUCCAGAUGUUGCUCUGCCGGAGCACUGCCUCGUGGCUUCGGCGUUUCCCACGCUCCUCGGCAGGGACCCCCUCUGCCAUCUACCCUAGGUCCCAGCCUCUGUUUCCGAAGUUCCAACUAACUCGCCAGACGCUCCUGCCGGUCUCUCUAUUGGGCAAGCGCACAAACCACUGAGACCCUCCGUACUACAUUUCCCAGAUAUCCUCGCCGGUUCAGCCAACCGCCUUCCGGGUAGUUGCCAUGGACACACGGACGCUUAGAGCGUCCAAAGAGUCGGAAAAAGUCGGAAAAGCUUUCUUCCUCUUCCCGCCUACGUCACUUCCGCUUCCUCUUCCGUUCCUCGCGGUACUAUCUUCUGCCCCGUCAGGAACACCCCUGGGCGUCUCCCGGCCGCUCCGUCCUCAGCCUCCGCCUCCACCUCCUCCGGGGCCCGAGCCCUGCGUCCGUCCCGGGCCGGGCUCUGCUUUCUAAGGACGCUGCCCUUGCCCAUGAGGAGAGAGAGAAUGGCCCCUGUGCUCCUGACAGCCCAUGUCCCUCAGGGGCCAGUGACCUUCAAGGAUGUGGCCGUGGACUUUUCCUGGGACGAGUGGGGGCACCUGGGCCCUUCCCAGAAGGAGCUGUACCGGGAGGUGAUGCUGGAGAACUACAGGAACCUUAUUGGCCUGGGACUUGCAGUUUCUAAACCAGAUGUGAUCUACCAGCUGGAACGAGGGGAAGCACUAUGGAAGCUAGAGAAAGACAUCCCAGCAAGCACCUGUCUAGAUUGGGAGACUAGACCUGAAACCAAACCGCUAAACCCAGAGCUGGACAUUGCAUCAUCCCAGACAAGGCUCACAAGGAAUGGUCUCUAUGUCACCAAGUUGGGAAACUGUGAUGCCACUUUACAGAGGCCCCAAAGCAAUAAGGAAGAAUAUUCUAUGCAAGAAAAGGCCAUCAGAAGGAAAAUUUCCAAUAAAGUGAGAGGUUACAGGCAUCGGCAGUAUGGCAGAAUCUUCAAUUUAGGUCCAGUUCUUUUUCCACAACAGAGAAUAUCUAUAACAAAGAAGAUGCAUCCAUGUGAGAAACACACAAAAAGUUUCAGAAUGUAUUCAGAUGCAAGUAAAUGUAAAAGAAUCAGCUCAAAGAAAAUACUUUCUAGUUAUGAUGAAAGUAAGAAAUCCUUCUAUCAUAAUUCAGAUACUAUUGCCUAUCAUAGAAUACAAAAGGGAGAAAAAGCUUGUAAAUAUAAUAAAUAUGGGAAAACCUUUGACCAGAAAUCCUCUGUUACUUCCCUUCAGACAUUCCACAAUGGAGAACAACCAAAUAAAUGUAAUAAAAGUGUGAGCAUUCAUACUGAAGAGAAGCCUUAUGAAUGUAAUGAAUGUGGAAAGUCCUUCCGUUGGCGUUCAGGACUUACUGAACAUCAGAGAAUUCAUACUGGAGAGAAACCUUAUGAAUGUAAUGAAUGUGGGAAAACUUUCAGUCACAGAUCAUCCCUUACAUCACAUCACAGAAUUCAUAGUGGGGAGAAACCUUAUGAAUGUAAUAAAUGUGGCAAGGCUUUCUGCCGAAGCACACGUCUGACUGAGCACCAGAGAAUUCACACUGGAGAAAAACCAUAUGAAUGUAAUGCCUGUGGAAAGGCUUUCCGUUGGAGCACAGAACUUACUCAACAUCAGAGAAUCCAUACAGGAGAGAAACCUUAUGAAUGUAAUGAGUGUGGGAAGACUUUCCGCCGAAGCACAGGGCUCACUCAGCAUCAGAGAAUUCAUACAGGAGAAAAACCUUAUAAAUGUAAUCAAUGUGGGAAGGCCUUUAGCCGAAGCAUACUUCUUACUGAACAUCAGAGAAUUCAUACUGGAGAGAAACCUUAUGAAUGUAAUGAGUGUGGGAAGGCCUUCCGACAGAGUACAGAACUUACCAGGCAUCAGCGAAUUCAUACUGGAGAGAAACCAUAUGAAUGUAAUGAAUGUGGGAAGACUUUCACUCAUAGGGCAUCCCUUACUUUCCAUCAUACAAUUCAUACUGGAGCAAAGCCUUAUAAAUGUAAUGAAUGUGGGAAAACUUUCCGCCAGAGCAUACAACUUAUUGACCAUCAAAGAACUCAUACUGGAGAGAAACCUUAUGAAUGUAAUAAAUGUGGGAGGGCAUUUAGUCAUAGGGCAUCCCUUACUUCUCAUCAUAGGAUUCAUACUGGAGAGAAACCUUAUGAAUGCAAUGAAUGUGGAAAAGCAUUUUGCCGUAGUGCGGGACUCACUCAACACCAAAAAAUUCAUACUGGACAGAAGCCUUAUAUACUUUGAGUCUUAAGAAUGUAAUAAAUAUUAGACAAAUUUUAGCCAAGCCAUACACUUCACAGAACAUUACAGACUUCAAAUGAAAACGAUAAUUGGAAAAAAUGUUUUUUUUCCCAACAACUGUUUUUCCAAACAUUUUCUUCUUUCUUCAUUUCCUUAGUUACCUCCCUUUUCUACCAUAAAACCUAAAUUGAGGAAAUUGUGAAAAUUUUAUAAAUGUGUGAUGCCAGUACUCACUAAAAAAUUC